GCCCAGCCUGUCCGCGGCACACAGGUCGUGCUGAGACUCCGCGCGUGUCAUUCGGCACAGCUGCGACCUCCAACGCUCACCGCCGAGCGUUUCCAGGCACCGUCGGGCGGCCACGCGCCCUACAGAAGCCCAGGUCACCAGGCUCAGAGCUCCUGCCUCCUCGUCGGCUUGCGACGCAAUCGCUCCGAGCAAAGCCUCUCAGCCAGCGCCAUGUCCAACAGCGCCCUCAAGCAGCUCCACCUCGAGGCCAAAAGCCGGAAGGGCCAGGGCGCCGGCGUGCCGUUGGCGCUGCCCAAGCCGCAGCCGCAGGGCGGGCCGCGCCGCCACCGCUCCUUCACCCGCAAGACCCCGGCCCAGAAGGUCUGACGCGGCGUCUUCGACGUCGUGGUACGCGGGACGCCGUCGAUGCGACGCAGGCCUACGCCGAGAAAAUCAACGAGGUCGCGCGGUCGGCCGAAGAUUUGCUCAAGCCCCUCGGCGGGGCCAAGGCGGACGAGAUCUGUGUCGAGCUCCUGAACGUGUGCCGGCACAUCCGCCAAUCGCCGGACAACCCGAAGUACAGCGUCAUCAAGAAAGCAACGCUCCUCAAGAAGCUCGCCGGCGCGCGCAAGCCCGAGAAAGUCCUCCAGGCCGCCGGCUUCGUGACGCGCCGCGGCGACGACGACGGCCGCCAGAUCGACUGGCUCGUCCUCGACGUCGUCAACGAGACCAUGACCGCGCCGUCGAACCUGCAGAAGCUCGAGCGCCUCAAGACGUACCUCGACGCGGAGCGCCGCAAGCUCUCCGACGCCGGCGUCUCCGAGGCGUCGAAGCGCAAGCGCGAGAAGGACCGGCAGCUGCUCAAGUUCCACGACCAGCACCCGAUGUCGGGCAAGAAGAAGAAGCCGCGGCGCUGAGUAGUGGUCUCUCCCCCUGUGCCAUGACUAUCACGAAUAGUAACC